CUACUUGUGAGACUCAUUCAACCGAUGCCAAUUACGCAACAGAAAGUAACAAUGAAAAUAUUGGUAGGUUUAGUCAUGUAAUUGUAUUGUAAAUUAUUUGAGUUUACAAACAGUAUUAAAAAAUUUAAAACCAUAAUUAUUCAUCAAUAUUUUAUUUUAUUUUAUUUUAUUUUAUAGUUACUUGUGAGACUGAUUCAACCGAUACCGAUUACGCGACAGAAAGUAACAGUGAAAAUAUUGGUAGGUUUAGUCAUGUAAUUGUAUUGUAAAUUAUUUGAGUUUACAAGCAGUAUUAACAAAAUUUAAAACCAUAAUUAUUCAUCAAUAUUUUACUUUAUUUUAUAGUUACUUGUGAGACUGAUUCAACCGAUACCGAUUACGCAACAGAAAGUAACAGUGAAAAUAUUGGUAAGUUUGGUCAUGUAAUUGUAUUUUAAAUUAUUUGAGUUUACAAAUAGUUUUAGCAAAAUAUAAUAUUAUAAUCAUUCAUCAAUAUUUUAUUUUAUAGCCGCUUGUGAGACUGAUUCCACUGAUACUGAUUACGUAACAGAAGGAAACCAUGAAAAUAUUGGCAAGUUUGAUUAUGUAAAAUUUUCUAAGUUACACUUUUUGUAA